AAUGUAAUGUAAUCACAACGUGCUUUUGCUACUAUCUUAUCCUGUUAGUGCUUUGUUCUCUUUGUUUCUUUCUCUUCGCCAACUGUCAAAUUUGGAUUCGCCCUAUAAUCCAGAAUCUUCUAUGGUUCUUCUCCCAACUUUCAGGUUCCUGGUUUCACCGUUAAACACUUGGAAAAUCGUAUUCGGCGCAUUAUCGUAGUUAGUGAAUCACACUGUUUGUUUACUCUUUACCCUGCUGAGUGUUCAGCAAUCUGUUUCGAUUGUUUGCUGUUAUAGGGAUGGUGGCUGAAUGGAAGAAAACCAAAUCUCCUUUUGUCCUAAUGAUUAUAAAAGGAUUGUUUAGAAGGUACGAAAGAUGGAACCCUGUUCAUCCAACUUAUGGAGCGUUUUGGGGAAUGGGUGUGGGCGUUGGUUGUGGUGUUGGAUGGGGUCCUGGGUUUGGUCCUGAAGUGAUAGGCUAUGUUGGAGCUGGCUGUGGCAUUGGAUUCAAUGUAGGCAUCACUUUUGCUGGUGUUGGAGUUGGGCUCCCUGCUCACUUUGUCUUUGUAGCUCCUUAUAAUGGGGUUAGCUGGAUGAGAAAUUUACCUUGUAUUUCUGACUUGCAAAGAGAAGCCAGUGGAAAAUUGUUUGAAUUUAGGCAAAGGCAUUUAUCAAUCAAAGGAAUUGACUUCUUUGACACGAAGAAGAACUUGUCUUUGAUUACUUCUUCUGCUCGUAGAAGUAUGCAAACAUUCCAUAACCAGUUGUUCUGCUCUCAUAAAGGAAAAGAUUCUUGACUUCUGUGCUUCUCAUUUACAUUUUGUUGACUCGAAACCGAAGAUCUUAUUUUCACUGUAAAUAGAUGAGAUAUAACCUUUUGUUCUACUCUAUGUCUCGUUCCAAAUUCAGCUGUAUUUUAUAUUAUUUUAAAAUGCUUUUUUUUUUU